ACCAAUCAUAUCCGAGAAGGCGGGUUUUGUCGGAAUACGGGUGAGGAAAACUAUAACGCUUGUCUGAAUGAUCUUAAAAAAAAAAAAAGCUUGCAGUCAAACGUAUUAUUAUUAUUUAGGAAUUUAAAACAAAAAACGUUUGGAUCGCUGACGAGCCGAGUCGAGUUUCUUCUGUACCUGAGACCUGGACUCCACGAGUGAACGAGCCAGAGAUCACGAUUUUUUUCCACUCUCUUAUCCCCUUCAGGUUUUCUUUAUGCGUGGGCUGAAGAUGGUGAACCUGAAGCAAGCCAUCCUGCAGGCGUGGAAGGAGCGCUGGAGCGACUAUCGAUGGGCCGUCAACAUCAAGAAGAACUGCCCCAAAGGAACCACCUGGGAUUAUCCCAAUCUUGCAGAAGCUUUGUUGGAGCAGGCGAUGAUCGGACCGUCCCCAAACCCGCUGAUUCUCUCCUACUUGAAGUACGCCAUCAGUUCCCAGAUGGUGUCCUACUCCAGCGUCCUCACUGCUGUCAGCAAGUUCGACGAUUUCUCGCGAGAACUCUGCGUCAAGUCGCUCUUGGAGAUCAUGGACAUGUUCUCCAACCGUCUCAGCUGCCACGGUAAAGCGGAGGAGUGUAUUGCCCUGUGCCGGGCGCUCCUGGGGGCGGUCGUGUGGCUCCUGCAGGGCUGCGCGUGGUACUGCGAGAAGCUUAAAGAGCCCGGCGGCAUGCCGGCGGGCGACGCCAGCCUCCGGGCUUGCCAGGUGCGCCUGGAGAACCUUCUGCAGCGGGCCAAGAAUCGAGCCCUGAUGCACAUCGCCCGGUUGGAGGAACAGGCUUCCUGGAGCAACAUGGAGCAAGCGUUAAUCAAACUGGCGGAGAACCUGGGUAGCGUGACCAAUCAGACGCUGAAGAGCAAGCUGGAGGAGUGCGUUCUGCUGGCCAAGAGUGUCCCACAGAUGCUGAGCGUCCAGUGCGAGCCGCCCGUCCAGACGACCUUCCCGUCGGUCCACGCGUUCAUCAUGCUGGAGGGAACCAUGAACCUCACGGGGGAGAUGCAGCCGCUGGUCGAGCAGCUCAUGAUGAUCAAGAGGAUCCAGCGCGUUCCAGCGCCGCUGUUUGUCCUCGAGAUCUGGAAAGCGUGCUUCACCGGGCUCAUCGAGUCUCCAGAAGGCACCGAGGAGCUCAAAUGGACCGCGUUCACGUUCCUCAAGAUUCCUCAGGUUCUGCUGAGGUUAAAGAAGUACCCUCAGGGGGAGAAGGACUUCACGGAGGAAGUCAACAUGGCGUUCGAGUACCUGCUGAAGCUCACGCCGCUGCUGGACAAAGCCGACCAGAGAUGCAACUGCGACUGCUUGAGUCUGCUGCUCCAGGAGUGCCAUAAACUCUGCUUGCUGUCCGAAUCCAACUUGGCCGCCCUCACCGCUAAACGGGCUGAUGACAGGGAGUACGCCCCGAAGCUGAAAACGGCAGAGAAUGCCAACAUCCAGCCGAACCCGGGCCUCAUACUACGUGCCGAGCCGACCGUCACCAACAUACUAAAGACCGUGGAUGCUGAUCAUUCCAAGUCCCCCGAGGGGUUGCUGGGAGUUUUGGGUCACAUGCUCUCAGGGAAGAGUUUGGAUUUGCUGCUGGCCGCCGCCGCCGCCACCGGGAAACUCAAAUCCUUUGCUCGCAAGUUCAUCAAGUUAAACGAGUUUCCAAAACACAUCAGUGGUGAAGGAUCUAAAUCUGCUUCAGUGCGAGCACUGCUGUUUGACAUCUCCUUCCUCAUGCUGUGUCAUGUGGUCCAGACAUAUGGCUCUGAGGUCAUCCUGUCUGAGCCGAGUCAAUCGGGCGAGACGCCGUUUUUCGAGACCUGGUUGCAGAUGUGCAUGCCGGAGGAAGGGAAGAUCCUGAACCCAGACCACCCCUGCUUCAGGCCUGAACCAGGCAAGGUGGAAAGUCUGGUGGCGUUACUCAACACGUCCUCGGAGAUGAAGCUGGUUCAGAUGAAGUGGCAUGAGAUCUGUCUGAGCACGCCGGCGGCCAUCUUGGAGGUCCUGAACGCGUGGGAGAAUGGAGUGCUGUCUGUGGAGGCUGUACAGAAGAUCACAGAUAACAUUAAAGGGAAGGUGUGCAGUAUGGCCAUAUGCGCUGUGGCCUGGCUGGUGGCUCAUGUUCGGAUGCUGGGAUUGGACGAGAGGGAGAAACCUCAGACCAUGAUUCGUCAGCUUAUGACGCCUCUGUAUGGAGAGAACACGCUCCAGUUUUACAAUGAACGCGUGGUGAUCAUGAGCUCUAUCCUGGAGCACAUGUGCGCCGACGUGUUCCAGCAGACGGGUCAGUGCCUGCGCUCGGUCGUGGAGCCCCAGGAGCCGAUGCCGUACCGCGCCCUCCUGCCCCUGCGCCAGCCCAUCCGCCAGGCGCUGAGCUCCAACUUCCGCAUGGCGCUCGAUAAGGGCUGGGUGGACUCGAGCACGCUACACCUGCUGGAGGACCUGCUGCACAUCGGCGGAGUCUUCUGGUUCACCAACAACCUCGUGAAGGAGCUCCUGAAGGAGACGCGUAGGGAGUGGGCGUUCCGCGUCGUCGAGCUCCUCUACAGCAUCUUCUGCCUGGACCUACAGCAAAUAACGCUCACUCUGAUCGGUCACAUCGUGCCCAAUCUGCUCACUGACCCCGCCCACUGGCACAGCUUAGCAGAUCCGCCAGGCCAGGCCCUCGCCAAGUUAUCGGUGUGGUGCGCGCUCGGUUCCUUCUCGUCUCACCAUAAAAUCCACGCCUUGGCUCGGCAGCGCAAGAGACAGCGAGAGGACAUCGAGGACUACAGCAGCUUGUUUCCACUGGACGACACUCAGCCGUCCAAGCUGAUGCGCCUGCUCAGCUCUAAUGAGGACGAGCCCGCGGUGUUGAGCAGUCCGGGUGACCGCACGAUGAGCAGCUCACUCUCUGCCUCUCAGCUCCACACAGUCAAUAUGAGAGAUCCACUCAACCGUGUGCUUGCAAAUCUAUUCUUGCUCAUCUCUUCCAUCCUGACCUCGAAGACCGCCGGCCCUCACACGCAGUUCGUGCAGAGUUUCAUCGAGGAGUGUGUGGAGUGUUCGGAGCAGGGCAGCCGGGGUAGCAUCCUGCAGUUCAUGCCCUUCACUAUGGUUUCUGAGCUGGUCAAAUUGCAUGCGCUCGCCAAACCCAAAGUUGUCCUGUCUAUCACAGAUCUGACGCUCCCGCUGGGCCGAAGAGUAGCUGCCAAAGCCAUUGCUGCUUUGUAGUACACACACACACACACACACACACACACUACUGGCUAGACGCCAUUACUUUGCUCAUAAUGGAAUCUGAUUUCCAGUAACAUUUUUAUCUCGGCAGUUUGUGGUUCACAGUUACAGCUUAUUUGAACGUUACACUCCCACUUCUGAAGAAUCUUGAUGUCAUUUAUUAUAGCAUCUGAUACUUGCCAUUAUCACCAUAAAAAGAAAAAAACAAAUGGAAAGAAGGACACCUUUGUAAAUAGAACUUUUUUUUUUAUACUCAGUAAACUGUGAUUUAUUGACUUCAUUAACACCUGACUUUAUUGUUAAACAGAAAUUUCUAGGUAUAUAACGUCUUAAUUUUGUAAUAAAUAUUGUAAUUGAAUGAAUGUUUUUAAUCAGCAUUUCAAGGUCAAAAUUCAAAAGAUCAAAUGUUUAAGAUUAAAGUAUUUGGCUUAAAAUAGUGUUUUAAAAGAUUCAGUAUUAUACCAAAUCACAUGUUGAUGGAAAAGUUGGCCAAAUUGACGGUUUUAUUAAAAAAAUAUAAUAAAUAAAUAAAAUCGAGCAUGCAAAAACGCCACUGAAAGAGAAAAAAAACACAGAAAAAAAACAAAUAGUAUUUAAAUUGGUUUAAAUUGUUCUUUUCAAGAAAAAGCCGUUUAUUUAAAAUAAAUAAAUAAUAAAAUUGUAGCUUUUUGCACCAAUACAGCAAAUAAACGUUGAAUAAAUUAAUUAAAUAAAUAAUAAAUUAAAUUCAUUGAAUUAAUUAAAAUUUUGUAUUCAUUUAAAAUGAUUUUUUUUUUUUGUACGUUGGCAGUGAAGAUUAAAGUAUCAUUUUCAUUUUCUAUAAAGGGAAACGUUACCUAUAAACUGUGUAGUUAGCAAUGUUCCACAGAAAAGUAAGUGUGUGUGUGUGUGUGUGUGUGUGUGUGUGUGAGAAUGUGUAAAUGUGUGAAACCAGACAUACACCAUGGAAACCACACUAAUGCUGAUACUGUCAGCAUAAAUCUGCAUGCAAAGCAAAAAACAAAAAAAAACAUCUGCAGCGCAUGUUAAUCAGAUUUAAGUGCCAAUAAUUAUGCCUUCGCAAAUCGUAAGCAGGGAAGUUGGGCUGCAAUUUUACUUUUAUUUACUGCCACUUGUAUAUUAGCUACACCUACAUCAUCUAGCUACAUUCAUUGGCCAGUUUAGCAGCUCCGCCUCCAAACUCUAUUGGCUGAAAAUUAUACCAGUCAGAAUCGUCCAAUCAGCGAGCCUCGCUUUUUCAGUCUUUUAAAAAUUUCUGUCAAAAAGCUAAACUAAAGAAUCCCUGCCUGAUUUACGCUAAUCUGCGAUAAAUUACUGCGUACUCUAACGUUAUCUUCCACCUUUCAUAGUCCUUAUUUAUUGUCCUAAUUGAACGGCAAAAUCUUAUUCACCUUGUUCCGAGUUUCACAAAACGUUCAUUUAAACUGGCGUGUAAUUGAAAUAAAUACGAUUUGGAUGUGUAUAAAAUCACGGAAACCCGUCGACAGUGUUAUGAUUUUGAAGCUGGUCCAUCGAGGUUCAGAUGAACCACUUAUCUUGUACGGAAAUCAACACAAUCUCAGGCGGGAAACGUAGGAUACUAUUUUUUUAUUAUUGUUAUUUUUCCCCCAGCUGAAUUUUUUUUUUUUUUAUCAGUACUACAUUUCUUCUGUAAAAAAAAAAAUUAAAAAUAAUGAUAAAAAUCAUGGAUUAAUAUUAAACCUUAAAUGUUUUAUGUUGAUUGUUUAAUUUCUUUUCAAUACCCAAGAAGCCACUGAAAUUGUCUAACAUUUAUACGCUGAUUAAAAUAUGCAGGUUUGGAAGCUAAAAUUUUUUCUUAAUCGCAGUUUAUUGGGGUUUUUUUUAAGUCUCUGUCUUCAAUGCGUUAGAUUAGUGCUGUGGUAAGAAAUUUUACCCUAUACCUGUAUCAGUUCAGCAACCAACAAGAAUUAAUCAUGUAAACCUUACGCCAUGAAUAAUAAUAAUUCAAUCAUUCUAAUUCAAGUGAACUAAUUCUAGUUUCAUUGAAAAGGUGAGCGAAAUGUAGGAAUGCAUAUAGACACGGCUUAAAGAACUGGUGCAAGUCGUGGGUUGAAGUGUGAAAGUAGCGCCGGAGAAUGAUGGCUGUGCAGUAGCGAAGUUGGGAAGGAAGUGUCUUUCAAUGCCUCUGGGCUCAGUGUCAAGCCACAAAGGAAAAAAAAAAAAAGCUCUAGUCAUCAGUCAGGUGGUCGCGCGUGUCAGGCCGACUGUAGUCUUUACGCUUGAGACGUCUGAUGCGUGUUAUACUGCAGCGCUGCUGAAUUGGUCGAUCGUCAGGUGUUGAUCGAUUCUCGAUAUAUUCCGGCACACGCAUAUUUACGUCCCGUAAGGAGUGAGAAUCCGUUUCGCAGACGUCCUGUAACACUAAAUCGAUUCGAAGAAAAUGAUGUCCUUGUUUAAUAAACGAAAACGUUGUAUAAGAGGAAUACAACUAUAGGACGAUGUGUCGUAAUAGUUAAAUAAUCAGCUUCCACAUACACGCGCAGUUUUAUACCUUGAAUAACGAAUCAAAGACAGCGGUUACGACUGAUUUUAUUGGUUUAAAAAUUGUGGGAUUAAAAGCAUUAAUAUAUUCUAAAAUAUGACUGUGAAAUAGGCCUCACAUUCGCUGGUCUUAAGUCUGCCCUUGUUUUUUUUCCCCUCUCUUUCUCUCUCUCUCUCUUUUUUUUUUUUUUAACGUAAAGCCAGUAUUUCUUUCUCUCUUUUUGUCGAAAUGUCGGAGUGUUUCCCAGCAAUAAACCGGGGAUUUCCCAAACGGCGAACGAGUGGCAGCUCGAGACCUCGAUACGAGUUUGUGUGGGAUCCGAGGAUUUUAAAAAUAGCUCCUCCGCGGUGAGUGCGUUAGCAUGUGACAAGAUUCCCCCUUCCUGUCACGACUGAGGAGCUUGCGCAAGGACGUCACGACGCUACGCGAUUCGUGUGGCGCUACUGCGCGUUUCACCAAAACGGACCACGAAGAGUUUCCUAGAAAAUUAAAGAAAAGAAGAAGUAGAAGUGCCGGCGGACUUCUGUUUAAUCUUUUUAAUGCGUUCCCCGAGUCAUUACACUAAACAUCCUGAGAAAUCAUGACCAGGCGAAGAGCAUCCAGAAGGUCAGAUGAAUAUAAUAUGAUGCGAAUAGGAAUUAAAACCUUAGUUUGAGAGAGAUUU